UUUAAGCUAAUGGUAAACAGGUUAGCAAGCUAUGAGCCACACCGUAAUUCCAACCAGGACUUGGCUAGCUGAAACAAAGAUGGCUAACCGUGAGGGCGAUGAAUGCUGUGCGAAAAGCCCGGGAAAGGACGCAUUUUACUUACAUACGAAUCCACACAGAUACAACAGCACAGAGAGAUCUCGUCGCUCUACCAGUCGUAGCCAGUCCAGGGGGCCCAGGGCCCAGGCCAAGUAUGGGGAUGUCCUGUGUGACUUCUGCACAACAAGUAAGCAGAAGGCAGAGAAGUCGUGCUUGGUGUGCCUGGCAUCCUACUGCGAGACCCACAUCCUGUCUCACUAUGAGUACCCCGCCAUGAUGAAGCACAAACUGGUCAAAGCAACAGGUCAGAUGAGAGAGAAGAUCUGUGCACAGCAUGACAAGCUGCUGGAAGCUUUUUGUCGCACGGAUGAGACAUCAGUGUGUGUUCUGUGCAUGAUGGACGAACACAAACACCACGACAUCGUCCCGGCUGGAACUGAGAGGACCGAGAAACAAAAACAACUUGGUACCACGCUGCACAAGUCUCAACAGAGGAUUGACCAGAGGGUAAAAAAAUGGCAGGAUCUCCGACAAGCUGUUGAAUCAGUUAAACACUCAGCUCUGACGGUACUAGAGGAGAACGAACGCAUCUUCACUGAGCUUCUGCUUUCCAUAGAGAGGAAACACAAUGAAGUCAAGGAGAUGAUCCGUUCCCACGAAAAGACCACCGUGACACGGGCAGAGAUACUGCUUAACCGCUUGGAGGAAGAGAUCACUCUGCUGAGGAAGAGACACACUGACCUGGAGAAGCUCUCACAUACUGAUGAUCACAUACACUUUCUACAGAGCUGGCAGUCCCUGUCAGGCCCCUCAGGAUAUGAAGACCUCAACAACAUCAGCGUUGCUCCCAAUUACUCCUUUGAUGCCACCAAGAGAGCCAUUGCUUCACUGAAAUUACAAGUAGAGGAAGUUAGCAAAACAGAAAUGAGCAAAAUCAUAGGAGCAGUGAAGGAAGUCUACGUCACGCAAGAAGGUGAGACAAAGACGAGGAGAGAGUCAAUUUUGAGGGAAGCACCAAAGACAAGAAAAGAAUCAAAGACAUGGGAAGAACCGAAGACAAGAGAAGAUUUCAUGAAGUACUCCUGCCAGUUGAUUCUGGAUGUCAACACUGUCCACCCAAACCUUCACCUCUCUGAGGGUAACCGAACAGCUACGAUGAAGAGUGAGCCUAAGAACUACCCUGAUCACCCAGACCGAUUUGACCACUGGCAGCAGGUGUUGUGCAGAGAGAGCGUGACUGGGGCUCGUUGUUACUGGGAGGUGGACUGGAGGGGAACAGAGGUGGACGUGGCUGUUACCUACAGGGGAAUCCGCCGUAAAGGAAAUGGCAAUGAAUGCAGCCUGGGCUGGAACGACAAGUCGUGGAGUCUGUACUGCUCUGAUUCCAAAUUCUCCUUUGUGCACAAUAAUAAGAGCAAAGAUAUUGCAGCUCCAAUGUCAUCACGUAUUGGCGUCUACGUGGAUCAUGCUGCAGGAACACUUGCAUUUUACAGUGUCUUGGAUGGCAUGAAGCUUCUGCACAGAGUCCAGACAACAUUCACAGAGCCCCUCUACCCUGCGUUCAGUGUGUGGGGCUUUGGUACUAGUAUAAGACUUUAGAAGAAUAAUGUUAGUAAUUUGCAUCAAAGUUACUCAAUAUUUUCAAUAAAGAUGUAAAAUUUGAAUUGCUCGUUUUUCUUUACCUUUUGCUAAAGGUUUUUUUCCCUAAUGUAUGAUUGUAUGUGUGUUUUAAACAAUUCAAUUGAGCUGUUUUUGUUCUUUUGGUCACUGAUUGUUGUUUUAGGGCACUCUAUCUGAAGAGAUGAUAACAAAAUGUGUCGGUUUUAAGUAGGAUAAAUAUGCAAUACUUGAUAAUCAUGUUAUUUUCUCGAUGUCUCACAUCUUUUUUUCUGUUAUUGU